GUCGACCAGUUGGGAUCUGAACGAGAUGCCGACGACUGCCGCGGAGGAGACAGACGACGAGUCAGAGCCUCAUUCGCCGUCGAUUAUGGGAAGCGGCGGUGGACGAAUUGCGUUGCGGGGGACAAAGAGGAAGAGAAGGAACAAGUGUUGGGUGGUGGAUUUGUACUGGGACAAGAAUGAGAUGAGGACGGAGGCGGCAGCCGGCAGUGGCGGGAUCGAAAUCGAAGAGAGGAAGGAGCAGCCAGGUGCUUCCGUGCGUUUAACAAACUAAGUGGGGGUGAUGAGGUGGAAAAAUAAAUUCAAAUUUUUUUA